ACAAAACGAAAAUACUGGUUAGAAAUAAUAUCUAAAAACGAAAAUAUCCGUUUCAUUUUUUCUGUGUGACAGUUUCGAAAAAUAAAACAUUUGUUUUGUUCGUUUCUCAUUCAUUGGAAAAAUGGAACGUUGAAUGUAAUUGUAGAAUUAUUUCAAAAAGAAAGUAAUUAUUAUUUUAAUGUAAUGCUGUAAUUUAGUGUUAAAGUGUAGUUAGCUCUCUGUUGAGAGUUGACGUUACCAGAACAAUGGCGAAUCGGAAGAGACCUAAAAUAUCUUGGAGCGACGACUUGAGCCAUGAUUCGGAAGAAGAAAAAGAACGCGAGCGGUUGGCGCAAAUAGAGAGGGAGUUAGCCGCGGCACCGAAGAAGCCGGUGUAUGCUCCUGAAGACCUGCAGUUCCUGAUUAAAUCCAUCAUAGAUAUGACCACUCUGUACGACCUGCGGGAGGAAGAUUGGACCCAGGAAGCCAAGCAGGCUAUAGAAGAUUGGAUUCUAGAACCACGCGCUUUAGUUCUGUCCAUAUACUUUCUGUCAGAAAAGCUACGAGCGAUUAGUGGCAUACCUAUAUAUCCAGUGUACGACCUCACCUACUUUCUAAGAGCACCUGAUUACGUCUUCAAAGUGGACACCUUCCAUGACGAUAUAGUGUUUGGCACGUUCGUGGAUUCUGUAGAGUCUAACAUGAUAGAAGUCUUGGAGAAUAUGUACGCUCCAUAUUUCUUCGCGAUCACUACAUGGCCUGAUAGUGUGAAAAGCGAGUUUUGCUGCAGUAUUCACACCUUCCUUGCCAAGUUAACGGACAUGUACUACAAAAUGCUGGGUUUGACCGUACUGUACAUACCGCGGGAAGGGCAACACUUGUCUUUCGAAAAGGCCAGCGCUGACCGCGAAUUGGUCAAAAGGUUGGAGGGAGUGGUGGUGUACUGGACACACCAGAUCAAGUCGUGUCUUGAAGACCAGGCGUUUGUGUCGUCGCAAAAUGAGCUGCUCUGCCCCAGCGAUGAAUAUGACUUUUGGAUUUAUAGACAUGAGAACCUAAACGCAGUCCGUUAUCAACUGAAGAACCCCGCCGUGAGACACAUCACCAAGAUUUUAGUGACCACACAUUCCACCUUCAUACACCAAUUCCAAUCGCUUUGCGAUGAGAUCAACCAGAAAAUAGUUGAAGCUACUUCCAACAUAGAAUAUCUGCAAGUGAUCAAGCAUCCGUGUGCCGUUUUGGAAUGUGUCGUCGACCCUGAUGAGAUAGCGAAGCACAUUCCACAAAUCAUAAAUUUGUUUCGUUUCAUCUGGACGGAGUCUCCUUACUACAACUCCGAACACCGAAUCACUAACCUUUUCAAGGCCUUGAGCAAUCAAAUCAUCAUCCUUUGCAAAGCUUACAUCAAUUUAGAAGAUCUAUUCGAAGGUAGCACAAAAAAGGCGAUGGGAGAAUUCACGAAGUGUAUCGAAUGCUGUAAAAAAUAUCGAGAGAUUUACGACCUGAUGGUGGAAGCUCAUAAUGAGAAGAAGCCCGAUAGUUGGGUUUUGGACACCGGAUCCAUCUUCAAUUAUAUAGAUUCGUUCGUACAGAGAUGCUUUGAUAUGCUUGACGUUUGUAACUGCAUGAUUAUAUUCGGGAGGAUGGACGAGAUGGAAGUAAUAAGUAAGCCAUUGUUCUCUGGAGCCAGGGGAGACCAAUUCGAGGAGAAAUGCAGCAGCAUCGAACACAUGUUUCAAGACGCUUUGAGGAACGUCCGCCAGGUGUCGUCGACGAUACUAGAUGUACAGGCUCCGUCGUGGUAUGACGAUGUGCUGCAGUUCAGGACCGUAGUUAAGGAUAUUGAGAUUAUAAUCGAAAAUCUUGUGGAGUCUGUGUUUGAAGGCGUGAACCAUGUGGAGGAGGCGGUGGUGGCCCUGUACUCGCUGAACAACUAUUCCAAGAGGAAGAGCCUCAGGCGCAUCUUCAAACGAAAGACUGCGGAGGUGUGGGCGAUGUUCAGCGACAAGGUCCAGGAGACGAAGAAGGACCUGGUCUCAUGCCGCAACAUGUACCCAGCUGAUCUGCCGUCGUUUGCCGGCCGCGCCGUCGUGCUGCGGAUGAGGAAGAAUAGGUUGAUGUACCUGAAGAAGGUGAUGACGGACGCUUCCGUGUGGCUGCUGCCCUGCAGCAACUCUGAGGACGUCAUCAUGCAUGUGAACAGGCUGGUCGGCGCCAUAGACUUGGCUAUUAGGGACCUUUUCGUUAGUUGGACCCACAAUUUCGAUGAACGAUGCGGAGCCGGUUUGAAUAAAACUUUAAUGCGCAGGAGUGCAGUAAACCCUGGUCUUUUGGAGUGUAAUAUUGACGUGAAUAUAUUGGAUCUGUGCAAAGAAUCAGGGCAUUGGGAGGGUUUAGGAAUAGACAUACCGAUGCAUGCUAGCCAGGUGUAUGUAAAGAGCAAAAAUGUAUUAUUUGUGUAUGAAAGCGUGCUAGCGGUUGUAAAGGGCUACAAUAAGAUCCUGGAUUCGUUGUCCGAUGAAGAGAGACUGCUGUUCAAACCCCUCACUUCGGCAUGCGAGAAAAAAGUGCAGCCAGGUAUAUUUAAAUUAACAUGGACAUCUACCAUGUCCGAUGCUUACAUUGCUGAUUGUGUGGCACAAAUUGGAGAGCUACAAGAUUUUUUAACAACGUACAAGAAUUGUAAUGUUAAUUUAGUGAAAAUUAUGGAAAAAAUUUGUGACACACCAUUUGUGGAAUUUGAUAUUUACAAUGUUUACGAGAUAAAAGAUUUGAGGGAAGAAAUCAGGGUUAUGGAAAAUUUAGCCUCUGAAGAUAUUUUAAACAUGUACAAAGAAAUUGUUACUUAUCUAGUUAUUGUUUAUGAAGGAUUUGAAGCUAACAUAUCACAGAUGGCGGAAUAUUGGGUCAAGUAUGUUCGAAGAUUCGAUCGCCUAUUAGAAGAUGCUUUGAGAUUAGCAAUGAAAGCCACUAUGCAAAACAUGUACAAAUGUGUACAUGGUGACGGGACAAUGGCACCCUCACCAUUAAUAAAAAUGAACUUAUACUUAACUGAUAAGGAAAUAACACAUAUUCCUACUUCACAUGAAAUUAGAGAUACAUUCACUACAAUCUUAGAUGAAAUUGUACAUAUUAUGAGUAAAGUUCCAAGAUUGUUUGAAAAGUUUGCCUUACCUGGUGGGGGGUUGAAACGGUUUUGCGAAGUUAUUCAAGUGGAGCCAGAUUGCAAUAUGCUGCAGACUCUGAUCGAUACUGAAAUUGAAUACAAUAUUACAUUAGUAGCUGAACACAUCAAAAUGUGGGAUCCAUAUGCACAUAUUUGGAAGGUUGAUAAGGAAGAGUUUAUGGUAAAAUAUCGAGAAGAAAAACAUCCAGCUUCUGAUUUUGACGCUUUGAUUAUAGAUUAUAGUAAUUUAGCAAAUACAGUACAGAUACAAGAAACUGUUAAUCAAAUUCAUUUCAUAACAUUAAACUCAAGUGAACUAAAGAAAUCUAUAAUUGCGCAUUGUCUUAAAUGGCAAGUAAAGUUAGGAGAGCUUUUAAGAGCUAUAACAGAAGCUGAUAUAGAUGUUGUUUAUGCAUAUGUUGAAAAAAGUAGUGAAGAUGCUAUGAAAAUGCCUGCUGAUUUGAAAGAGCUUGCUUCAGCUAUUGCUACAUAUGAACGACUGGUGUCUGAUGUCAGUAACUUUGAAAAGACGUUUCCACCGAUUUCAGACCAAAUGGCGACUUUAGCUAAAUUUGAAGUUGAACUUAGUUCAGAUAUGGUAACGCGACAUGAAAAUAUACCUGUCGUGUGGGCUGAAUAUUUAGCAUUGUUAGAAGAAGCUAAAAAGGCGUUGGAGCUCAAUAAAGACAAAUUCAAAACGGAACUUCUUGAGCAAGCAGAGGAAUUUAAAGAAGCCGCCAAAGAAUUUUGUGAAGAUUUCUAUAAUACAGCUCCUGUCAGCUCAGACGUUAGUGGGAAAGAUGCAAUGGCGCAAUUAAAAGCGUUUAGAGAACAAUUAAAUGCUCUUCGGGCUCAAGAGCAGCAAAUUCGUGAUGGACUUGCUGUAUUUAAUUUGACGACGCCGGUGAAUCUCGACCUGCAGAGAAUGGAGAAAGAAUUGGAGAAGUUGGAGGAAGUAUGGGGACUAGUUUUCCAAUGGGAAGAAUCUUGGGAGAAAUACAAAACACAAACUUUCUGGGAAAUGGAAACAGAUGAAAUGGAAGAUAAUGUUAUGUUUUUGUUUAGAAACUUCAAUCGUCUCUCUCGACAAUUAAAAGAUAAAGGUUGGGAUAUAAUUGAUACUACUAGAGUAAAGGUAGAUGCAUUUAGAAGAACUUUGCCUCUGAUUGGGGACUUGAAAAAUCCUUGUAUGAGAGAACGACAUUGGGAUAGAAUUAAGGUGUUAAUGGGAGUUGAAUUUGAUCAGAAUUCUGAAGAUUUCAAGUUAGAACUUAUAAUGCGCUUAAACUUCCAAGCAUAUGCCGAGGAUAUAGCUGAAAUAUCAAAUGCUGCCACCAUGGAAUUGAAUAUAGAAAAUGGCUUGAAAACUAUUAGGGAAAUUUGGAAAGGUACCACUUAUGAAAUGCAACAUCACAAAGGAGAAAUGUAUAAAAUAAAAAAUGUUGAAGACGUUAUGCAGUUUCUUGAAGACCACCAAGUUCAGUUAUCUUCGAUGAAAUCCACAAAAUACGUUGAACCCUUUAUAAAAGAAGUCGAUUAUUGGGAAAAGGCUUUGGGAUACGUUGCAGAAUGCAUAGAGAUCUCCUUACAAGUACAACGUAGAUACCUUUACUUAGAAAGUAUAUUUAGUGGCGAAGAUAUAAGAAAACAAUUACCUAGUGAAGUACAAAUUUUUGAUGCUUUAACAGCAGAUUGGACAGAAAUAACCAGCAAUAUGUUUGCUGGAGCAAAUGCAAUAGAAGCAUGUAUUUAUAAGCCAAUGCCUUAUUUAUAUAAUAAGUUAAAUAAAAUGGUGGAUAAUUUAGAUGGGAUAUUAAGGGCGUUAGAAAAGUAUUUGGAAACAAAACGGAUGCUGUUUCCUAGAUUUUAUUUUAUAUCCAAUGAUGACCUAUUGGAAAUUCUUGGAAAUUCAAAAAAGCCACAAUUGAUACAAGUACACUUGAAAAAAUUGUUUGAUAACGUAAACAAGAUAAGAAUUGAUAAGAACGCCCUAGGGCUUCCAGUUGCCAAAGCUAUGAUGUCUGAAGAUGGAGAGUGUAUUGAAUGGAAAUACAACCUGAUAUUAGAUGGCCCAGCAGAAGUAUGGCUGCUUGGCUUGGAGCAUACUAUGAGAGUUGUGCUUAGAGAGCAACUGAUACUGACGCGAGCUGCCCUCCGCAAAUGCAAGUACCAACGGGAGCAGUGGAUCAACGACUGGCCAGGUCAACUUGGCAUCACGUGCAGCAAGAUCCAAUGGACCUCAGACUGCACUCGGACGCUAUGCCGCUGUGAGCUGAUGAAGGAGAAGAAACCGAUGAAGAAACUACGCAAGAAGCAGAAUCAAAUCCUGACGACAUUACAGAUGAUGUCUAGAAAGGACAUCAGCAAGAUUCUGCGUGCAAAGGUCAACGCCCUGUGCGUGAUUGAAAUACAUUCGAGAGACAUGGUGGACAAGAUGUACAAAAUGGGUUGUAUGACGGUGACUGCGUUCGAGUGGUUCUCCCAGCUGAAGUUCUACUGGGACCGGGAACGCGAGGACUGCUACAUCAGACAGACCAACACCAAUUCUGUUUAUACAUACGAGUACAUUGGUAAUUCUGGACGGCUGGUCAUCACUCCGCUUACUGACAGAUGCUACAUCACCCUAACGACUGCGUUGCACCUGUUCCGCGGGGGAAGUCCCCAAGGCCCGGCCGGGACCGGCAAGACUGAGACCACAAAGGAUCUGGGACGAGCUUUGGCGAGAUGGGUCGUCGUCACCAACUGCUCUGACGGACUCGACUACAAGUCUAUGGCUAAAUGUUUUGCAGGUAUUGCUCAAAGCGGAUGCUGGGGUUGCUUCGAUGAGUUCAACCGGAUAAACAUAGAGGUGUUGUCUGUGGUCGCUCAGCAGAUCUUGGCUGUGCUGCUGGCGUUGUCUCAGCUCCAAAAGAAGUUCGUCUUUGAAGGCUGCGAAAUCAAACUGGACUCUAAUUGUGGUAUCUUCAUUACUAUGAAUCCUGGUUACGCCGGCCGUACAGAAUUGCCAGACAAUCUGAAAUCAAUGUUUCGACCAAUCGCAAUGUGCGUGCCAGACUGCCUCAUCAUAGCUGAGAACACGCUGUUCUCUGAUGGCUUCACUGCCUACAAGAUCAAUGCUAAAAAGGUGUUCACAUUGUACCAACUAGCGAUGCAACAGCUGUCGAAACAAGACCACUACGACUUCGGUCUAAGGUCCAUGGUGGCUUUGUUACGUUACGCUGGAGUCAAGAGGAGAGCAUACCCGAAUUUGCCUGAACAAGAGAUGGUAAUAUUAGCCAUGCGGGACAUGAACGUGGCUAGACUGACGGCAAAAGACGUCCCGCUGUUCGAUGGCAUCAUGCAGGACAUAUUCCCAGACGUGGAGGUCCCGACGCUGGACUACGAGAUGCUGGAGACGGCCAUCUCUGCGGAGAUGAAGCUGGUCGGGCUGCAGCCUGUGAGGGCGGCCUUGCAUAAGGUCAUCCAGACUUUUGAGACUAAGAAUUCCCGCCACUCUAGUAUUCUGCUGGGCGACACGAAUACAGCUAAAACUGUCUCCUGGAAGAUGCUGGCGGCGACCCUCAGCCGGCUGGCGCGGGAAAAGGUGCCCGGCUUCAUUAACGUGCAGGUGUUCCCCAUGAACCCUAAGGCUCUGACGUUGGGAGAACUGUACGGGGAGUACAAUCUGGCGACAGGGGAGUGGAAAGAUGGCGUGUUAUCUUCCAUUAUGAGGAACACUUGCCAAGAUGAAUCCCCUGAUCAGAAGUGGAUCAUAUUCGACGGGCCGGUCGACGCCAUAUGGAUUGAGAACCUCAACUCUGUCAUGGACGACAACAAACUACUCACUUUGGUCAACAGCGAGAGGAUUUCAAUGCCUGCGCAGGUGUCCCUGCUGAUAGAAACGCUGGACUUGGCCGUGGCGUCCCCGGCGACCGUGUCCCGGAACGGCAUGGUGUACAAUGAUUACCGCGACUGGGGCUGGUGGCCGUUCGUCAACUCCUGGCUGGACACGGUCGACGACCCGGAGUACAAGGAGAUGCUGCGGCGCCACUUCCUGCUGAUCCUGACGCCGGUGCUGGAGCUGAAGCGGCUGCACCUGUCGGAGGGCGCGUCGGUGCGCGGACAGGAGCUGACGGGCGUGCGCGCGCUGUGCCGGCUGCUGGCGCUGUGGCCGCCGCCCGCGCCGCCGCAGCCCGACGAGGAGGACAACGAGAACUUCUCCAAGAUGCGCUUCCUCUUCGCCAUGAUCUGGUCAGUAUGCUCGACGCUGGAGGACGAGCCCCGGCGCAAGUUGGACAACUGGGUGCGCGAACACGAGGGCAUAUUCCCACUGAAGGACACUGUCUACGAUUACUAUGUGGACGAGCGACUGAGGCAGUUCAAGCCUUGGGAGGACAAGUUGCCUGAUAACUGGCGGUUUAAUCCUAAUCUCGGUUUCCACAUGAUCCUGGUGCCGACGGUGGAGUUCAUCCGCGUGCAGAUAAUAGCGCUGGACAUGCUGGUGGCGGGCUACGGCGUCAUCGUGGGCGGGCCCACCGGCACCGGCAAGACCUUCCUUAUCCAGGGCACGCUGGCCAGCCUGGACCCCAGCAAAUAUAGCCAACAAGUGCUGAACAUGUCCGCGCAGACCACGGCCGCUAACGUCCAAGAUAUCAUCGAGGCGAGGCUGGAGAAGAGGACCAAAGGAAACUAUGUCCCUGCUGGAGGAAAGAAGAUGAUAGCUUUUAUGGACGAUAUCAACAUGCCAGUGCGAGAUAACUACGGAUCGCAGCCGCCGUUGGAGUUGGUGAGGCUGUGGCACGACUACGGCUACUGGUACGACAGGGCCAAGCAAUGGCGGAAGAAUGUCAAGGACAUGGUGCUGUGCGCGGCGGCGGGCCCGCCCGGCGGCGCCCGCUCGCCGCUGCCGCCGCGGCUGCUGUCGUGCUUCCACCCCUUCUACCUCACGCCGCCCACGCACUCGCAGCUCGUCAAGAUAUUUGGGACCAUGCUCAGUCAGCAUCUGAUGGAGUUUGACGAGGAGACCAAGACUGUCGGUAAAGUGGUACUGGUAGCCACGAUUGACAUGUUUAACAAUAUCGUCGCUAAGCUCCUGCCGACGCCGAGCAAGAUGCAUUACUUGUUCAAUCUCAGGGAUAUAUCUAAAAUUUUCCAGGGUUUACUGCGUAGCAACAAGGAUUAUACCAACACAAAGGCGAGAUUCUUGCGGCUCUGGAUACACGAGUGUUUCCGAGUUUUUGGAGAUCGUCUUACGGAAGAAAAGGACCGCGACUGGUUCAUGAACCAAGUGGGCGACAUGUUGGGCAAACACUUUGAGCUGACCUUCCACGCUCUCUGCCCCUCCAAGAGUCCCCCCCUUUUUGGGCACUUCCUCAACCCCUUCGAGGUGUACGACGACAUUGUCGACCCAGCCGCUCUAAGGAAGUACAUCCUCAAUCAAAUGGAGGAGUACAACAGCUGUCCAGGGGUCGUGAAAAUGGAACUGGUGUUAUUCAAAGACGCUAUCGAACACAUUGUGCGUAUCGUCAGAGUGGUGUCGCAGCCGAGGGGGCAUGUGCUGUGUGUGGGGAUUGGUGGGUCUGGUCGUCAGAGCUUGACCCGCGUGGCCUCCUACAUCUGCGAGUGCAAUUCCUUCCAAGUAGUCGUCACAAAGACGUACGGCAUAAAGGAUUUCCGUGAAGACUUGAAACUCCUAUACACGUCGACCGGAGUUGACGCCAAGAAGACAACGUUCAUAUUCAGCGACACGCAAAUUGUGGAAGAUUCCUUCACUGAAAUCAUUAACAACCUUCUCAGCAGCGGCGAGGUCACCAAUCUAUUCAAACCGGACGAAUUUGAAGACAUAAAAUCAGCGUUGGAGAAACCAAUGAAGAACGCGAAUAUAAUGCAGACGGCCGAAGCGGUGCAGCUGUUUCUGAUAGAUCGCGUCAGGACCAAUCUACACAUUGUACUCUGUUUCAGUCCUAUCGGAGAUCAAUUCCGGAACCGCAUCCGGCAGUACCCGGCGCUGAUCAACGCGACGACCACAAACUGGUUCCUGGAGUGGCCGCGCGAGGCGCUGCUGGAGGUGGCCUACAAGUUCCUCGAGGGCGUGGAGCUGCUCGCCUCCAUCACCGGGCCCAGGAUCCGCCGCAAAGAAUCCCUGAUUGAAAGUCGCGAGGAUGGUUUGAGGGCGUCUGUGGCGUCCAUAAUGUCCCUGAUUCACUCGUCCGUGGGCAAGUACUCUGUCAAGAUGUGGCUGGAGAUGAGGAGGACCAACUACGUCACUCCCACCAACUAUCUGGAGCUCGUCUCCGGGUACAAAGAAAUGCUGAAGAUGAAACGAUCUGAGAUCGCGCUGCAAGCCAACAAGCUGAGGAACGGACUCGGCAAAGUGGCCGAGACCACCACUCUGGUGGGACAGAUGUCGGAGGAGCUGGCUGUUUCGCAGGUGCAAGUGGCGGAGUACACGGAGCAAUGUAUAGAGUACAUGGGCGUGAUCAACGUGCAGCAACGCAACGCGGACGAGCAGCAGCGCAGCGUCGCCGCGCGCAGCAAAAAGACCAUGGAGGAGGAGGUCCAGUGCAAGAAGCUGGCUGAGGCCGCCAUGCGGGACCUGGCCAGCGCCAUGCCCGCCCUGGAGGAGGCUGUCAAGGCCCUGGAUGCGUUGAACAAGAAGGACAUUACAGAAGUGAAGUCGUAUGCCAAACCCCCGCAGAAAGUCGAAAUGGUGCUAGAGGCUGUCUUGAUUCUUCUGCAGAAAGAGCCGACAUGGGCGGAAGCGAAACGCCAGCUCGGCGACCAAUACUUCCUGGACAAACUACGCGAGUUCGACAAGGACAACAUAUCCGACAAGACGCUGAAGAAGAUCGGCACUUACACGGCCAAGCCGGAGUUCGAACCGGAGAUCAUCGGGAUGGUGUCCACUGCCGCCAAGUCGCUGUGCCUGUGGGUUAGAGCCAUUGAGAAGUAUGGGAAGGUUUACAAGAUCGUGAAGCCGAAGAAAGAGAGGCUAGAGGAGGCGCUGGAGUCGCUGCGGAUGAAGCAGCAGAUCCUGGCCGAGGCGCGCGCCAAAUUGCGCGAACUGAGUGAGAUGAUCGCGCGCCUACAGAAGGAGUAUGACGAGAAGGUGGCCCAGAAGGAAGAGUUGGAGCGGAAGGCGCGCAUGCUGCAGCUGAAGUUGGAAAGGGCAGAGGCCCUCAUCACUGGACUCUCUGGCGAGCGCGAGCGCUGGGAGCUGACGGUGGAGCGGCUGGACAAGGAGUUCGCCAACCUGCCCGGCGACUGCCUCAUCGCCACCGGCUUCGUGGCCUACCUCGGGCCCUUCGUCUCCGAGUACCGCGAGGACCUCAUGGGCGAUUGGUUCCGAGAGGUUUACAACGAGCAACUACCAGUGACCAUGGACCUCAGUAUGAAAUACUUCCUUCUGGAUGACGCGACGCUACGCGACUGGAACUAUAUGGGGCUGCCAGAUGACAACUUCAGUGCUGAGAACGGUAUUAUAGUGGUCCGGGCCACAAGAUGGCCGCUGGCCGUUGACCCCCAGGGGCAAGCGCUCAUAUGGAUCUCUAGACUUGAGGAGAAGAGCAAUAUUGAGAUUGUGGACUUUGGCCAACCGAACUACCUGAAGAUCAUGGAGACGUGUCUGCAAGAAGGCAAGCCAGUGUUGGUUCAGAACGUGGGGGAGGUUCUGGAGCCUUCCAUACAGCCCGUGCUGGACAAGGCUAUCGUCAGGAUUGGCAAGGAUCUGGUCAUCAAGUUCAAUGAGAAGAUGGUGCCGUACAACCCCAAUUUUAGGAUGUACCUCACUACCAAACUGGGCAAUCCAGCCUACACACCUGAAAUUCUGACAAAAACAACGAUGGUGAACUUCGCGGUGAAGGAGCAAGGUUUGACGUCACAGCUGCUGGGCAUCGUGGUGAGGAAGGAACGGCCCCAGCUCGAGUUGAUGAAGGAUAACCUGGUGAUGACUAUCGCUAACAAUAAGAAGGUUUUGGUGGACCUAGAGAACGACCUGCUCCGCAUCAUGUACGAAUCACAAGUGCCUCUGCUCGAGAACGAAGAGCUAUUUAUUACGUUGCAAACCUCACAGAGGACCUCGCUCGAGGUGAAGGAGGCGUUGAUAACUUCACAGGAAACUGAGAAGGAGAUUGACACUGCUAGACAGGGUUACGUCCCAGUGGCAGUGCGCGCGUCGGUACUAUUCUUCGCCUUGAACGACCUCUCCAGAAUCGAUCCCAUGUACCAGUUCUCUCUGGACGCCUACACCGACCUCUUCAUGUACUCCAUCGACAGGAGCCCCAAAGGGGGCGAGCUGGAGGACCGGAUCAACAAUCUGAACGAGUUUCACACUUACUCUGUGUACAAGAACACCUGUCGAGCUCUAUUCGAGCGUCACAAACUCCUGCUGUCCUUCCACAUGGUGUCCCGGAUCCUCUUCCAAAUGGGCAAGAUGAGUAUGCACGAGUACCUCUACCUGUUGAAGGGAGGAAUCGUGCUUGACCGAUCUGAACAGCCCGAGAAUCCUACUAAUUGGAUGCCAGAGGAUUGCUGGGACAAUAUAACAGAGCUGGACAAGCUGCCAGGAUUCCACGGCGUUCAGGACGCGUUCGAGACCUUCUCCAAGGAGUGGAAGGAAUGGUACCUGCAUCCUGAGCCGGAGAGUCAGCCGCUGAUUGGCGAAUGGAACGACAUUUGCAACGAGUUCCAGCGCAUACUGUGGAUCCGCGCGCUGCGCGUGGACCGCGUGUCGGCGUGCGUGGCCGCGUUCGUGACCAGCGUGCUCGGCGGCCGCUACGUCGAGCCGCCCGUGCUCGACAUCAAGAUGGCGUGGGAGGAGUCGUCGUGGAAGACGUCGCUGCUGUUCGUGCUGUCGCCGGGCGUGGACCCCACGGCGGCGCUGAUCCAGCUGGCGCGGGACGUCAAGAUGGAGGACAAGUUCCACUCGCUCAGCCUCGGCCAGGGGCAGGCGCCCACCGCCACCAGAAUGCUGUCGCAAGGGAUGAAGGAGGGCGGCUGGGUGUUCCUGGCCAACUGCCACCUGGCGUGCGAGUGGCUGGGCUCGCUGCGCGGCUUCGACAACCCGCGCAUACAUCCGCGCUUCCGCCUCUGGCUGUCCUCCAUGCCUGACGACAAGUUCCCGCUCAAUGUGCUGCAGAGGAGCAUCAAGAUGACUACGGAGCCUCCUCAGGGUCUGAAAGGCAACCUGGUGCGAAUAUUCGCGAACAUGAAUGAGGACAAGUUCGACGAGGCCACACCCAAGUACCGCCGCCUGCUGUUCUGCGUGUCCUUCUUCCACUGCACCCUCAUCGCCAGGAAGAGGUUCCGUCAGCUCGGAUAUAACGCCGUGUACAGCUUUAACGACGCUGAUUUUGAUGUGUCAGACAACUUACUGGCAAACUAUUUAGAGGAAUAUGAAGAGGUUCCUUGGGAUGCGCUUCGCUAUCUCUUCGCUAUAAUCAACUACGGCGGCCAUAUUACUGACGAUUGGGACAAACGUGUGCUCAUUGCUUACAUCAACCAGUUCUUCUGCGAGGAAGCCUACGACACGCCGUUCUACAGGUUGUCGUCGAUCCCGGCGUACCACAUCCCGCGGGACGGCAGCCUGGAGUCGUACCGCGACUUCCUGGAUCUGCUGCCCGCCUACGAGCGCGCGGAGUCCGUGGGCCAGCAUGCCUCCGCUGACGUCGCCACGCUGGCGCAGGACGCGCUGAUAAUGUGCCGGACUCUAUUCGCGCUUGCCUCCACGGGCGGCGGCGGCGGGGGCGGCGGAGAGGACCAAAAGGUGGACGAACUAGCGCUGGAAAUGAUGCAGAAGCUGCCCAACCAGAUUGAUGUGGAGACCACAGAGAAGAUGAUGGGGCCGGAGAUUGUCAUGCCUAUGUGUGUGUCCUUGCUGCAGGAGAUCGGCUACUUCAACGUGCUUAUUGGAGGCAUCGUCGCUGGCUUGAAGGAGUUGCGUCGAGCCAUCGAGGGUCUGGUCGUGAUGUCUGAGAUUCUGGAGGACAUGUACACGUGUAUCUUUGAAGGGAGAGUGCCCACGUUUUGGAGAAAAGGUCGGCCGUCGAUGAAGCCGCUGGGCGCGUGGUGCCGUGAGCUGGCGCUGCGCGGCGCGCACCUGCAGGCCUGGGCCGCCGCGCCGCGCUCGCCGCCCACGCUCUGCUGGCUGCCGGCGCUGGUGGUGCCCACCGGCUUCCUCACCGCCGUCAUGCAGACUACCGCCCGCGCGGAGAGCUGGCCCAUAGACACGCUGUGCUGGGAGUUCACGGUGCUGCCGCUGGAGGAGGCCUCGUUCGUGCGCCCGCCGAGAGAUGGCGGGGUUUAUAUCAGAGGACAAUAUCUAGAGGGCGCCAGCUGGUUCAAGAAGGAGGGUUACCUGCAGGAGCCGCUGCCGAUGCAGCUGGUAUUCCCCAUGACCCCGAUACACUUCAAGCCCAUCAGGGCUACUGGCAGGAGAAUGAGAAGUGAGUAGGCUUUAUCUUCUCUCUUUUGCUAUAUUUGACAAACGUAUCAGAGAUUUCUUAUAUCAAAUAUGUGCAUAGAUUAAUUAUGCAUAAACUUUGUUCUGUUUAGUCAGAAAAUUUGAUUGAAGUAAUGAAAGAUAUAUUCCCUGUCGAUAAAUUUUAGUUCUAUAAUAUUUUUACUUAUCUCCACCGUAAAUUUCCUACUAGUUGUAACCCACAGCUCCACCGGGGUAUCUGAUCCAAAUUCUAAUCAAAAUCGCCUAAAAUUAUUUAUCGGUGAAAGAUUAUGAAAUCAAAAGACUGGCUUUAGCUGGAUGCCGCUUCCGCUGAUCGCUAAUGCAAUUUCUUCCAGCCAACCGGCUGGAAGAAAUUGCAUUAGCGGUAAGUCCGCCUUUGCACUCAUUGUGUUUGAAUAUCUUGUUAUAAAUGUACUCCUUUGUAAAUGGUGCAAUAAAGAGUUUAUCUAUCUAUCUGUCUUUAGCUUUAACAUGACUAUAUAAGUAUGGAUUAUAAUGAGAACAAUGGUGUAGAUCGCUACAUCUGCCCGUGUUACUACUACCCGGCGCGCAUGGGCGCGUUCGUGGUGGCGGUGGAUAUGCCCGCCGGCAAGGAGUCCUCGGACUUCUGGGUCAAACGCGGCACAGCACUGCUUUGCACCCUCGCUACUUAACUCGCGCAUUUUAUGAUUGUUUAUAUAUGGCGUUGUUUGAAAUAAUUGUUUGCCCUUAAGUUUCUUAGAAUAAUAUAUCAUGUUGUUUGAUAAAAUUGUGUUUCAUUCGAAUUGAAACCGUAGACUUAUCUACCAAUUAAAUCGUAGGUUAGCAACGUGUAGACAUUCAAAGAGCGUAGUCCCAUUGUGUUGACUCGUGCUCCGUUUUGAGAUCCGUCGACGGACAACCCAGUAAUUGUAUGGAGAUUCGACGUGUGUCGUGUACGUCAUUGUCAAAACCUAUGGAAAACGAAGGAGCACGACAAUGUAGCAAUGGGACCUGGCUCUUGAGUGUUUAAUGACUGUUUGUUUUAUUUGUUGGAAUUGUGUUGCAUUCAUUUUGUAGGCGUAGAAUUUAAAUCUCUCCGUGUUAGUGGCAGUCGAAUAUCAGCCAUAGUGACAGGACCUUCCUCGCUAGUGGCGCCAACAGCUUACAAAGAAACUAAGCCACUUAGUCACUUGGAAUUGUCUCGUCCCGCGUAAUGUAAUUUAUGAAUUCAGUACAUUUAGACUUGAAAAGCGAUGAAAAUAUAUUUGAUGGUAAAUAAUAGAUUUUAUUGUAAUUAAUACUAUAAUGCAAUAUAUUUAUUGCCGAAUAUGGAAAAUACGUGCAUAUGUAUGCAAUACAUAUAAUAAAUUGUGAUACUGCAAUUUUCUAAUUUUCAAGCGAUUUGUAAGUACAUUCAAUUCUUCAUAUCCAUUACCUGAUUUUGAAUGUUAUAACAAUGGUGUAAGUUAAUUUCUAAUGGAAGUAUUCCAAACAAAAAAUAUCGGAUAAAAUAGACCUUAUUAUUUACGAGAUAAGGUUCAAUUUAAA